GGGACGCGUCUGUCACCAAAAAUGGCCUCUCUUGAUAGGGUAAAAGUAUUAGUUUUGGGAGAUUCCGGGGUUGGCAAGUCUUCUUUGGUCCAUCUGCUAUGCCAGAAUCAAGUUUUAGGAAAUCCAUCGUGGACCGUUGGCUGCUCAGUAGAUGUACGGGUAAGCAGGUUCAAGACUAUAAGGAGGGAACCCCAGAUGAGAAAACCUUCUACAUUGAACUCUGGGAUGUUGGAGGAUCUGUUGGCAGUGCCAGCAGUGUCAAAAGCACAAGAGCAGUCUUCUACAAUUCAGUUAAUGGAAUUAUAUUGGUCCAUGAUUUGACAAAUAAGAAAUCCUCUCAGAAUCUCUACCGCUGGUCACUAGAAGCUUUGAACAAGGAUUCCUCUCCAACUGGAGUCAUUGUCUCAAAUGGUGACUAUGACAGAGAACAGUUUGCUGAGAACCCGGUGCCUUUGCUGCUGAUUGGAACCAAGUUUGACCAAAUUCCUGAGAACAAGCGCAAUGAGGUUCUCACUCGAACGGCUUUCUUGUCUGAAGACUUCAAUGCAGAAGAGAUAAAUCUUGACUGCACCAACCCAAGAUAUCUUGCUGCAGGCACAUCAAAUGCUGUAAAACUUAGCAGGUUCUUUGAUAAGGUAAUUGAGAAAAGAUAUUUCACAAGGGAUCCAAGUCAGAUGACUGGUUUCACAGACAGAAAACGAUUCAACUUCAAAAGUUUGCACUAUGACUGAAAAGCUGUAAAUUCAACAACUGUGAACUGUGGUGUGAUCUGACCCCGCCCCUUUGCUCCCACUGGCUUAAACAUCAACUAAUGGAAGAAAAUAUAGAAAAAAUUCAUGAAAGCUGAAAAUGAAAUUUGACAAAGGGAGCUGAGGACAUUUCAGAGAAUGAAGAGGCAUGAUUGUAAUCAGCUGUUUUUUUUUCACAUGCCUAGCAUAUACGCAUGCACCAUCUUUUGAAUUCUUUUUCAAAACUAAAGCAUUUUCAGUAAGUGAAGAAAGAGCCAUUAUUCCUUUGACUAGUGGCUCGUGCAUCAUUCCUCUCUUUUUUUCAUGGUUUUCUCAAUCCAGGGGAUAAAAAAAUUGACUUUAGUGAAGACAUGGGGAUACUUUGGAUCAUUGCAAUUACUUGCGAAGGUGAAAGCUGUUAUACCUUGAGGCAUUUUGUUGCAGAUAAGUGGUCCACCAGAAUCACCCUACAAAAAAAAAAAAGCAUCAGAGAGACUUGAUUGAGGAGUCUGUAAAAAGGUUGCACAUUUUUUGUCAUUAAUAAAAAUUUAAAAAUA